CGACAUAGCGUUUAAAAUGCACACAAUUUGUACGUACAUGCGUAUACCCACCUAAACGCCGCAAGCAACCAUUUCGGAAUCGAAAGUCGGACUCUUUUUUUGCCAAGAUCUAAUAAAACUGCAUAAAAAAAUGAACAGCAGCACAGUAAUAUAAGGCAUCAUCUCCCAUUGAGAGCCAAUUCAAGUGGACGAUUUCUAAAAUGCCGAGGACCAUUUUUGGGGUUCGAAGGCCCUGUGGCCUCUGCACAAAUCAUAUCAUCAUUUUUUUCUUCCGUGCACAAAAUUCCAUCGAGUCUAGAAGUGCACCUUUAUCUGUAAUUUUGCACCAGAUGUUUCUAAGAGCACUUUCACGAAUGACAAUAUUUCAUGAUCACGGGAUUGACGGACUAAUUGAAGAUGGAAUUGUAAAAUGGGAAAGCAAAACAGCAAAUUAAAGCCAGAAGUGCUGGAGGAUUUAAAGCAAAACACUGAAUUCACAGAUGCUGAAAUACAAGAAUGGUACAAAGGAUUUCUGAAAGAUUGUCCCAGUGGUCAUCUAUCCGUAGAGGAGUUCAAAAAAAUAUAUGGAAAUUUUUUUCCAUAUGGCGAUGCUAGCAAGUUUGCUGAACAUGUUUUUCGCACAUUCGAUGCCAAUGGUGAUGGGACAAUAGAUUUCAGAGAAUUUCUGUGUGCUCUCAGCGUUACGUCUAGAGGGAAGUUAGAACAAAAGCUGAAAUGGGCUUUUUCUAUGUAUGACCUGGAUGGAAAUGGAUAUAUAUCACGACAAGAAAUGCUUGAAAUUGUUACGGCAAUAUAUAAAAUGGUUGGAUCCGUUAUGAAAAUGCCCGAAGACGAAAGCACGCCUGAAAAACGAACUGAUAAAAUAUUUAGACAAAUGGAUCGUAACAUGGAUGGGAAACUUAGCUUAGAGGAGUUUAUAGAAGGUGCAAGAAGUGAUCCAUCGAUUGUACGCUUAUUACAAUGUGAUCCCCAAUCCCAUUAACUCUUAUAUAUUUAUGGUUUAAGUAAGCAAUAAAUGUUCGGAUUAUUAUAAAAGCAACAAUAUUUUUUCUAAUUGCAAUAAAAGAAAACUUGAGAAUACCACAAAA